AUGCCCGCCUACCUCGUCUCGCGCGCCGCCGACCCGCUCCUCGGCCUCCUCACCGGCCUCUUCGCCUAUCGCCUCUGGGAGACGGACGCCAAGAACGCCCACCUGCGUCCCGAGGGACGCUCGCUCUACGCGCUCCUCGGCCGCUUCGCGCGCGGCGAGGCGCCGCCGCGCGAGCUGUACACGGGGCCCGCGGCGCGCGUGUAG